UUGGGAUGAGGACUGGAGGUAUAAAUGACGUAAUUUGGGCAUCACUUGGUAGCAAAUCACCCAGUAGCGUUCAGUUUGAGCUUUCGUUGUCAAGCAAGACAAAAAUGGCUCAAAAUUUGAUGUUCCUGGCGUGCGCCUUGGCUGUGGCAACUGGCUUGUAUAUAGACAGCACAGCCUACAAAUCUCCUUCAUUAUACAACCAGAAAACUGACUACUCGAGUCAAGGAGUAUAUCCCUGCAAUUCAGCUCUUGAAGGCACGGUGUAUCCUAUACCAUAUUUCUAUGAAGGAUACUUCAUCUGCACCAAUGGUGAAUCUCUUUAUAGAUCAUGCACAGAAGGAAAGGUCUACGACUCAAGUAUAUGUAAAUACAGUAGCCACAAUAACUACGAUAAUCCUACUCAACCUACUGAUGCACCAACAGACAGUACUACCCAACCUACUGAUACACCAACAGAUAAUCCUACCCAGCCUACUGAUGUCCCAACAGAUAAUCCUACCCAGUCUACAGACGUCCCAACAGAUAAUCCUACCCAACCUACUGAUGUUUCCACAGAUAUUCCUACCCAACCUACUGAUGCACCAACAGAUAAUCCUACCCAACCUACUGAUGAUCCCACAGAAUAUUCUACCCAACCUACUGAUGUCCCAACAGAUAAUCCUACCCAACCUACAGACGUCCCAACAGAUAAUCCUACACAACCCACAGACGUCCCAACAGAUAAUCCUACCCAGCCUACUGAUGUCCCAACAGAUAAUCCUACCCAGCCUACUGAUGUCCCAACUGAUAACCCCACACAACCUACUGAUGUCCCAACAGAAAACCCCACACAACCUACUGAUGUCCCAACAGAUAAUCCUACCCAGCCUACUGAUGUCCGAACAGAAAACCCCACACAACCUACUGAUGUCCCAACAGAUAAUCCUACCCAGCCUACUGAUGUCCCUUCAAACACCAAUCAGCCUACUUACCAUUUCAAUAAUGAUGCUUCGUACGGUGUUUAUCCCUGCAAUGCAGGUCUUGAAGGCACGGUGUAUCCUAUACCAUAUUUCUAUGAAGGCUACUUCGUCUGUACCAAUGGUGAAUCUCUUUAUAGAUCUUGUGCACAAGGCGAGAUCUAUGACUCUGAAAUAUGUGAAUAUAUAGGCCAGAACAACUAUGGCUCAUCGGAAACAAACCCUCCCCAACCUACUGGCGCCCCAACAGAUAAUCCUACCCAACCCACAGACGUUCCAACAGAUAAUCCUACCCAACCUACUGAUGUCCCAACAGAUAAUCCUACCCAACCUACUGAUGUCCCAACAGAUAAUCCUACCCAACCUACUGAUGUUCUAACAGAUAAUCCUACACAACCUACUGAUGUUCCCACAGAUAAUCCCAACACUAACCAGCCUGUUUAUCCUUACAACAAAGAUGCUUCCUACGGUGUUUAUCCCUGCAAUGCAGCUCUUGAAGGCACGGUGUAUCCUAUACCAUAUUUCUAUGAAGGCUACUUCGUCUGUACCAAUGGUGAAUCUCUUUAUAGAUCUUGUGCACAAGGCGAGGUCUAUGACUCUGAAAUAUGUGAAUAUAUAGGCCAGAACAACUAUGGCUCAUCAGAAACAAACCCUCCCCAACCUACUGGCGCCCCAACAGAUAAUCCUACCCAACCCACAGACGUUCCAACAGAUAAUCCUACCCAGCCUACUGAUGUCCCAACAGAUAAUCCUACCCAACCUACUGAUGUCCCAACAGAUAAUCCUACACAACCAACUGACGUCCCAACAGAUAAUCCUACCCAACCUACUGAUGUCCCAACAGAAAAUCCUACCCAACCUACUGAUGUUCCAACAGAUAAUCCUACACAACCUACUGAUGUUCCUACAGAUAAUCCCAACACUAACCAGCCUGUUUAUCCUUACAACAAAGAUGCUUCCUACGGUGUUUAUCCCUGCAAUGCAGGUCUUGAAGGCACGGUGUAUCCUAUACCAUAUUUCUAUGAAGGCUACUUCGUCUGUACCAAUGGUGAAUCUCUUUAUAGAUCUUGUGCACAAGGCGAGAUCUAUGACUCUGAAAUAUGUGAAUAUAUAGGCCAGAACAACUAUGGCUCAUCAGAAACAAAUACUCCCCAACCUACUGGCGCCCCAACAGAUAAUCCUACCCAACCCACAGACGUUCCAACAGAUAAUCCUACACAACCUACUGAUGUCCCAACAGAUAAUCCUACCCAACCUACUGAUGUCCCAACAGAUAAUCCUACCCAACCUACUGAUGUUCCAACAGAUAAUCCUACACAACCUACUGAUGUUCCCACAGAUAAUCCCAACACUAACCAGCCUGUUUAUCCUUACAACAAAGAUGCUUCCUACGGUGUUUAUCCCUGCAAUGCAGGUCUUGAAGGCACGGUGUAUCCUAUACCAUAUUUCUAUGAAGGCUACUUCGUCUGUACCAAUGGUGAAUCUCUUUAUAGAUCUUGUGCACAAGGCGAGGUCUAUGACUCUGAAAUAUGUGAAUAUAUUAGCUACAAUAAAUACGGUUCAUCGGAAACUAACUCUCCCCAGUCUACUGACGCCCCAACAGAUAAUCCUACCCAACCCACAUACGUUCCAACAGAUAAUCCUACCCAGCCUACUGAUGUUUUAACAGACAUUCCUACCCAACCUUCUGACGCCCCAACAGACACUCCCACCCAACCUACAGAUGCCCCAACAGACAGUCCCACCCAACCUACCGAUGCCCCAACAGAUAGUCCCACCCAACCUACUGAAGCUCCAACAAAAAGCAACAAAUAUUACAACAAUGCUGCUGCUUUCGGACCAGGUGUUUAUCCCUGCAAUGCAGCUCUUGAAGGCACGGUGUAUGCUAUACCAUAUUUCUAUGAAGGCUACUUCAUCUGUACUAAAGGGGAAUCUCUCUAUAGAUCUUGUUCAGAAGGCUAUCCCUACGGCUCAAGUAUAUGUAAAUACAGUAGCAAAAAUAACUAUGCUGUAGGUUCAACUACCCCAACCUACAAGAAGCUGUCUCAGUCUACUUACGGUCCAAAAUACAGCAAGCCAAGCCAACCAUCGUACACUUCUAAGAAAGACUAUACCACAGCUAAGCCUAAACCUGGUUAUGUCCCUGGCAUUUAUCCCUGCAAUGCAGCCCUUGAAGGUACAGUGUAUGCUAUACCAUAUUUCUCUGAAGGCUACUUUAUCUGUACCAAAGGGGAAUCUCUCUAUAGAUCUUGUUCAGAAGGCUACGUCUACGGCUCAAGUAUAUGUAAAACUACGAAGUCUAGUAGCUCUGCUUCUCCUCAGGACAAGAAAUCUCCUGGCACCAACAACAACUAUCCCCAGGCAUCACCCUACCCAAAAUAUUGAGAGAUCACCAUUUAUUUAAAAAUA